GCACUCCGCUGUGGAACAGAGGCACCUUGGGUCUGGUGCCUACGGCUGCACGUGCGCACAUGGUGACCAAAAGGAAGGGUCGCUAUGUUGCGACCGGCGUGACAGCCAAAGGGAAGGCCAGGACGGAGAAAGCGAACUUGGCGAACAUGCUGCGCGCGAAGGAGGCAGCUCUCGUUGUCCGCGAAGCAACCGUCGCCGCUCGCGAGGCCGCGAUGGCGGAGGCAGAGAAGGCAGCCCAGGAGAAGCAGCAGCAGCAAGGACCCGAAGUGGACACACGUACGCCCGAGCAAGAGGCGCGCGAGCAACAAGCUGCCCAGCAGCGUGACGACUUGGCCCCCAAGACAGGCUCCCUUCUGGACAUUUCACAGUCUCGUAGUAUACUCCUCACGUAUUUCGAGCUGGUGCAGUCAGGCGUCGAGCCGAACAAGGCUGUUCAACGGACCGCCGCAACUCUUCGCGUCGGCAAGGACAAGGUGUUCAAGGUUCGCGCUCAUUGGUGGGAGAAGACCGAAUUGUUGGCAUCAUCAGCGGAAGGAAGAGGUGUGUCGAGCGGGAAGGACGGGCGAAAGCUUCUUGACGACGUGCAGUGCGCCAGCCUUCGUGCUUUCAUCAGCGACAAACACGAGAACGGGCAGCAAGUGUUCCGACGCACGGUGCGCGAGUGGAUCAAGGAGAGAUGCAACAAGGACCUUUCUAACCGAGCGGUAGGCGGGCUGUUGUACAGGAUUGGGUACAGACGCCGUGGAGGAAGGAUCAAAAUCCCACCUCUCAACGACGACAGAAAGGCGCGCAUUCGUCGCUUUCUUGUCGAGAUGUCUGCUGCUCUCACUCAAGAAGAGAAAGAGGAGGCGGUCAUUGUGUACAUGGAUGAAAGCUUUUGUCAUCAGUUGCACGGGUCUGCUUACUCUUACUUUCUCACCGAUGACAAUGGAGUAGUGCAGGAUGGGAUGGGACGUACGUCUGGGAAGGGCUUGCGGAUGAUCAUGGUGCAUGCGAUAACCAAGGGGGGGGCGUUGGCAGCAGUGGAUGAAAACAACUUCCCAAUUCCUGAAGGUUGGUUCAAGCCCAAGGACAAGGGCAAGGGCAGGCAGGGGGCGGGGUCGAUGGGUACGGAAGAAACCGCAGAGAUGCUGUGGCAGGCUAAACGUGCCACGGGGGAUUACCACGAUGCAAUGAAAGACAAGAUGUUCAUGGAAUGGCUUGAACGGCGCCUGGCACCGGCCUUUAAGGCCAAGUAUGGCAACAAGAAGAUGAUUUUUGUUCUCGAUAACGCAUCGUAACACCACGGGUAUGACGCAGAGGUGGGGGUGCCUGAAAGCAACAGUAAGGGGUACAACACUGGGCUUUUGCGCAAGUACAAGUGCAGGAAGAUCACCGUGGAGCGAGAGGUGACCGGUAGCGCAGGUGUACGGAGCAAGACGUAUACCUUCCAGGUACCAGCCACUGGAACGUUUCCCCAGGCGAAUUCGAAGUGCGG